CAUUUAUCCACAUUACAGUGUGCGAUAGAGACAGGUAAGAUGGCGGCGCAGGAGACUCAAGCAACACAGCAGUCGUCCGUAACCAACGGAGAGGUGAGCAGUAAUGGAGCAGCUGCCUCAGGUCAGGUAGCUCAGAUAGGUGCGACUGCACAGGACCCCCAACAACAACAGCAGCAACAGCAGCCCAACGCCUGGCAGGUGAUUAAAGGUGUCCUCUUCAGGAUUUUUAUCAUCUGGGCUAUAAGCAGCUGGUUCCGCAGAGGUCCAUCAACUCCAGAUCCCAACACUCCUGCUGGAGCUCCACGAGUGCCCAGCCGAAACCUCUUCCCCAAGGACACCCUUAUGGAUUUAUAUGUAUAUAUCUCUGAGAAUGAGAUAUUUACAGAUUUUAACAAUACAGAAGUCCUGUUCUGGUACCAGCAAGAUCUGGUUUAUGGAGAUUGGACCACAGGGGAGUCGGGGGAUGGCUGCUAUGAGCAUUACCUAGAGCUGGGCCUCUCUGAGAGUGUGAAGCAGAACGGCUCUAUAUACAUCCACAUUUACUUCACCAAGAGUGGCUUCCACCCAGACCCCAAACGCAAGGGCCAGUACCGCAGGUUAUCCACGGUCCAUGCCACUCGAAUGCUCAACAAAUACAAGAGGAGGAAGUUCCUCAAGACCAAGAACCUGUUGACGGGAGAAACUGAAGCUGAUCCAGAAAUGAUCAAGCGGGCUGAGAGUCAUGGGCCUGUGGAGAUCAUAUCCCAUUGGCAUCCCAAUCUCACUAUCAACAUGGUGGACGAUCACACAGCCUGGGUGAAAGGGUCUGUUCCUCCACCUCUUGACCAGCAUGUAAAGUUUGAUGCAGUGAGUGGAGACUACUAUCCCAUUGUUUAUUUCAAUGACUACUGGAACCUGCAGAAGGACUAUUACCCUAUAAACGAGACCCUGCAGAAUCUGCCCCUCCGGCUCACCUACUGCCCCCUCUCCUUGUGGCGCUGGCAGUUAUAUGCCGCCCAGAGUGCCCGCUCCCCCUGGAACUUCCUGGGAGAGGACACUUAUGAGCAGUCAGAUGAGGACCAGGAUUCUGUGAAGGUGGCCCUACUUGAGACCAACCCCUACCUCCUGGGACUGACCAUCGUUGUUUCCAUCGUCCACAGCAUUUUUGAGUUCUUGGCCUUCAAGAAUGAUAUCCAGUUCUGGAACAGCCGUCAGUCUCUGGAGGGGCUGUCUGUGCGCUCCAUCAUAUUCGGGGUGUUCCAGUCUCUGGUAGUGCUGCUCUAUAUCCUGGACAAUGAGACCAACUUUGUCGUCCAGGUCAGCGUAUUCAUCGGUCUGCUUAUCGACUUCUGGAAGAUUACCAAAGUCAUGGACGUCAGGCUGGACAGAGAGAACAGGAUUGCUGGAAUUGUCCCACGAUUGACAUUCAAAGAUAAGUCCACAUAUGUGGAGUCUUCAACCAAAAUCUAUGAUGAUAUGGCCUUUAAGUACCUGUCCUGGCUGUUGUACCCUCUCUUUGGGUGCUAUGCAGUUUAUAGCUUAUUAUAUGUGGAACAUAAAGGCUGGUACUCUUGGGUGCUCAGUAUGCUUUAUGGGUUCUUGUUAACCUUUGGUAAGUAUAACUGUACUUUUGUAAUGGCUGCAUUCAGCUGCAUUUCUGAUUAUCAAUAAUUGCUCCGAGUCUGU